UAGCCUGGCUACAGAAAGUGUUGGGCCAUGCUAAACUGUACACGGUGUACCAGACUAUUGUGGAGACGGUGAGAUACGGCGUGAAAAUGGUGAAGACGCUGAAGAAGACGAGCUGUGACGUUCCUUCAACUUCCCUGAGGUUGGCACCUCCUCAGGGAAGACGCCUGCCUGUGUUUCACAGGCAGUGCGCAAACCAGCUGGUACACGCAGACUGUGUGCUCGUACUCGGAGAACAAAGGUUCCAGCGUGUUCCUUGUUCUCACUGGGAGGGUACUGGGGCCAGCGUGCCCUUCAGCUGGAUUAAUCUUGAGAAAAGAUGCACAGAUAACAUGAGAAAACAUGAGAUUAAACAGAGAGAAUAUGAACAGAAACUAAACAGGAAAUAUGACUUGAAACUGAGAGCAUAUGAGUAUAAUCACAGAGCAUACGAGUUUAACCUGAGAUACCACAUCGAUGAUACUGAGCCUAGAUGCAGUGACUAUCUUGUGCAGAGAAGAAGGGUGAGUGAACUGAAGAUGCGGAGAAUCAACAAAAUGACAAAGCAGAGAGUAAGUAAUCAGAAAGCAUUGAGAAGCUUGAAGGUAAGCAGACAAACAUGCUGUAGCAGAAGUCAGGUAUUGGAAAGUUAUGUAGAGUACUGUCAAGAGGCAAAGAAGGUUUCUAAACCAAAUAGAAAGAAAAUGAGAAGAAGCCAACGUAGACAGGCCUACCACAGAAUGAGGAAUGGUAAGAUGAUCGAAUUGCGCAUGAGUAAGAAGAAGUUUGAGUAA